AUGAGCACAUCACUUCUGUUUGAGCAGCUAAAUUUUUUAAUUUUAGUGGCAGCAGAGGCUGAGCUUCCCAUCGCUCACUCUACUAGAAAGCUUUUGAUGGAUAAUUCAUGCAAUAACUGUCAAAUAUACGAGCUUUAUAACGAAAAUUUGAAAGAUGUCAAGACGGAUAAAGAUUGGUUCAUGAACAAAUUCGGCCCGCAAACAGUACAUUUUGUCAUUAGUAAUACAAUCAACUUUCCUUUUUAUAAGAUAGUUUAUUUCGAUCUUUUGAUCCCGGUGGUAUCACACACUUGGGUCCAGGAUUCGGUCAAGACGAAGAGACAUUUGAGGACAAAUAUGUAUUCACCUAACCCAUUUCAUUUGCUCCGAGACUGUCAAGUAUAUAUUUCCAAAAGCUCGUUUAAUAAGUGUGAAUACAUAUUAUACUCUGAUUUGCUUCAUUUAUUAGGAGGCACUUUAGUCAAUUACAUCUCAAAUAGAACGACGCAUGUGAUUGUUCAAAGUCCCCAGGACCCGAUCAUAGCAACGGUCAGUAAAUUGACAUUUGGCUCUUUUUCCUCUUCAUCGACCAACAAGCACACCGAAAAGCCUUUGAGAGAGUGGAAAUUUGUCUAUCCAAUAUGGAUAUUAUAUCAUUUCAAAAUGGCGAAGCCCUUGAAGGGCGAGCUUGCUACUUUGUGUGAGCUUGAUAUGCAGGACACCAGUGAGGAACAGUUAUUCGCAAAAUGGGAAGAGGUUAUUGGCGAUAAGCAGACAUCAUCAUCGCAGCUUACUCUUCAUCCAAACAAAACUUUAUUCAAAAAUCACCACUUUGCUAUCUCACCAGAUUUAAACUUUUUCACACCUUUGUAUUGGUUUUUGAAAGGAUUUAUCGAGGAUUUGGACGGCAAAGUAACUCCGUUGAGUUUUUCUGACGAUCUGAAGUCUGUUUACCAAGCUUUUCCUGAUAUUGACUGUUAUAUCGGCCACUCUGCUAACUCACCGAUACUAGAAAAAACCAAAAGCAUUAAACCGGAAAUUCAUGUUGGGAACGUAAGUUGGUUGUUUUAUAUGUUUGCGCUGCAAAAAUUUACACCUGUAUCGCAAUGUAAACUUAUUCACCAACCAUUUCAUGCGAAAUUAUUUACUUCUAAGGAAUUAACAGUCGCGUACACUAAUUAUUUCGGCUCCCAAAGGUUUUAUAUUCAGAGGUUAGUAGAAAUAUUAGGAGGACUUAGCACACCUGAACUAACAAGAAAAAACACACACUUGAUCACGAAGAGUACAAUUGGCAAAAAAUUCAAAGUCGCAAAAAAAUGGUCACUGGACCCGCAAAAUGCCAUUAUUGUGACAAAUCAUAUGUGGUUAGAGCAAUGUUAUAUGAAUAAUUCCAAGUUAAACCCCAAAGACAGUAGAUUUCAAAAUUUUAAAUUGGAUGAUAACAUGGGAUGGAAUAUCGGCCAAAUAGGAAUGGAUCAUUCAUCUCUCCCAACUCCAAAAAACCUAUCGAUGGUGACUUACGACACGCAAUCCAUAUCAGAGAAGCCGCCUCCCACAAAUGAUCAAAUGGAUCAAAUUAACGAUAACACCAAUGUAUUAUCAAAGAAAGAUGGUACGCCCAUUAGUAGUUUUGAGAACUCAAUUGAUGAAAAGAUUGACAAAUUACAAAAAAUAUCAGGAGAGGUGGCUGUAACCCAUUCUGGAGAUUUAGAACGGAGUUUUGUUUCCAGACCUUCAAGGGCAAGUUUUCCAGUAGUUGACAGUAAAAAAUCUAAUUUACAAAAGAAAGACUCAAACUCAGAUAUUAGUAUGGAAACAGAGGUUUUCUGUGAAGGACAUGAAAAAAGAGAAGAAAAGGAGUUUACGAAACCUAUUACGGAGUAUGAUGCACCUAAGAAACAAGAAAUAAGGGAACAGUCACGCAAGAAGAAUGACAUAGAUUAUAAAAAAGAAGAGGAAGAAACGGAGCUGCAAGUUCAGCUAGGACAACGAACUAAACGAGAGAUCAAAACUUCGAAGAAAAAUGAAAAGGAGAAAGAAACCAAUGAAUGUCACAUUGAAGUAGAUCAAAUGACGAAUGAAAAGCAAGGGGAGGAAAGUACAGGAAAACUGAUUUCUACGGAAGACGUCACUUCUAAAAAAGAUACAGAUAAAUUCUCGCAUUUGUUUGAAGGAUUAUCUGAUAAUGAUGAUCACAUUAAUGACGAAAAACCGGCAGUUAAUUCCAAAUAUACCACACCCAAGACGUCUCAAAAUAUUACGAGUGGCGUUGAUACUCCAACCACCGCGCAAACGCAAGUUUUUAUGCCAUCAAGUGGCAAUUCAAGGUUAGCAAAGACACAAGCUGCGAAGAGAUUGCAUACAGAUAUUGAAUCAUUAAAUGAAUUUCAGAAAAACUUUAAAAGGAAGAGAAUUGAUAGCGAGGAGAUUUCAUUGUCCCAAGAUGUUGAAAGGUCAAAUAAUAACAAAGAACUGGCUACUAAAGCGGAAAAGAUAUUAGCUAGAUUUAAUGAACUACCAAAUUAUGACCUAAAAGCGGUUUGCACCGGUUGUUUCCAUGAUGGAUUUAAUGAGGUUGACAUCGAAAUAUUGAACCAACUAGGUAUAAAAAUUUUUGACAAUAUUAAAGAAACGGAUAAAUUGAAUUGUAUUUUUGCUCCAAAGAUUUUGAGAACCGAGAAAUUUUUAAAAAGCUUAAGUUUUGAACCGUUAAAAUUCGCAUUGAAACCUGAAUUUAUUAUUGAUUUACUGAAACAAAUUCAUUCUAAAAAAGAUAAACUUUCUCAAAUAAAUAUAAACUUGUUUGAUUAUGAGAUAAAUGGAAUUAAUGAGAGUAUAAUAUCAAAAACCAAACUACCUACUAAGGUGUUCGAAAGAGCGAAUAUUAGAUGCAUUAACUUAGUCAAUGAUAUACCGGGUGGUGUAGAUACAAUAGGCUCUGUUCUAAAGGCACAUGGUAUCGAAAAAAUCAACGUUUUACGUAGUAAGAAAUGCACAUUUGAAGACAUAAUCCCAAAUGACGUUUCUAAGCAGGAAAACGGAGGCAUUUUUAAAUACGUACUUAUCGUCACCAAAGCUUCACAGGUUAAAAAAUUUACCAAACUGAUUAAUGAUCGUGAUAAAAACGAAACAAUUUUGAUUGUUGAAUGGAAUUGGUGUGUUGAAUCAAUUUUUCAUCUCAAUGUUGAUUUUACAUCAAAGAAAAAUGUUUUGUAUCAAAAGAAAAAUAACUAA